UGUACAAGCACAUCCGCCCGCUACGGUCAAGCUAGCCAAUCGUAUGGCUCUCCUGCGGUGGGGCUCCGCCCCCGGGGCGAGAAGGAAAUCAGGAGAUCACUACCAAGAUGGAAAAUCCGUCAGAUUCAGCAUCUACUUCACCUGAUGCUCCUCAGACUAGUGAGAAUCCACCAUCACCCCCGACUUCACCUGACACUCCUAAGACCAGUGAGAAUCCACCAUCACCCCAUUCGAAUAGUUCAGGAAAGCAACCUAUUACUGGAACACCUAAAGAGAGAUUAAAGAAAGCAAGGUCUUCAUCUCAGUCUUUUUGUAGUGUGGUGAAGCGUAUUAAGGUUGAGAAUGAGGAAAGUGAUCAGACCCUUCCAGAACCAGGAGAAUCUUCAAAAGAAGAAAAUUGUUCAAAGGCCCAAGAAAGCUUGAAAAACAAAGACAGUGAACCUGAAAAAGAGAGCUCAGAGAGUAAAAGUGCAUGUGACUCUGAGUCACCUGACACUGGGUCAUCUAGUGCCACCCAAAAAGAUGCUGAGACCAAGACGACUAAACAAAGUUUAAAGGAAGAAAAAGCAAAAUUGACUAGGCAGGUUCAAGAGAAGGAAGACCUUCUUCGGAGGUUAAAGUUAGUCAAGAUGUACAGGAUAAAGAAUGACGUGACUGAGUUAGAGGAUUUAAUAAAGAAGUGGAGGAAAUGUGGCCAGCGGCUGCUGCGUGAGCUGCAGUCGAUCAUGUCGGAGGAUGAGGAUGAGAAACUGACCCUCACCGAGUUGAUCGACUACUAUGGGAUAGAUGACAAAUUGUUGCACUAUAAUAGACAUGAAGAAGAAUUUACAGGGGUUUGAUACUGUUUUGGUUUUUUUUCAGGCUCUUCCCCCCUUUCUUCUUGGGGUGAUGGAAUCAUACCCAGGGCCUCAAAAAAAUGGGCUCUUUUCCUGAGCUGUACACUUGGCCCCUUUACAGAAUAUCUUAGAGAAUGGCAAUGAAAAGAGAAAUGUUUUAAAGGGAAAAAAAAGCUCUAAGCUGUUGUGGCUUGGAGGAACGUUGAACAGUUUGGGAUAUUCUGACACAAAAUUAUAAAGUGAAGCUUAGUAUUUUGGAUAUGUUUGCUAAAGAAAAUAUUUAAGUAUGAAAAAUUAAAAUUGUGUUUAAAAGGAAGUUUGGAUAAUUUUAGAAACCAGGGUUAAUACAUUGACUUGGUGGGUGGGGCAAGAGGUUUUAUAUUCAGUAUUAAAAAGUAGUCUGUUGAAUGUCUAAACCUCAAGUGGCAUAAAUGUAACCUGCCCCUCCUAAGUUUAUGGACCUAUCCUCAUCUGCUUAACGUUAUCUGUCUGCUAAUCUAGCAACUAAUUAAACUUACAUGGCUACAGUUUU